AUGUGCGAUGCUAGCAAUACCGUGGUUGGGGCGGUUUUGGGACAAAAGGUUAACCGCGCACAUCAUGUCAUCUACUAUGCAUCAAAGACCCUUGAUAGUGCACAAGGAAACUACACCACAACGGAGAAAGAGUUGCUUGCUAAUAGUUCGAUAUUGAGAUCAAAGACAAGAGUGGAUCAUCUAAGUCGCAUUGUAUCGCCCGAAGAUGGUAUACCAAUCUGUGACACAUUUCCAGAUGAGCAUCUAUUUGCAGCCAAAGAAGCACCAUGGUAUGCAGAUAUCGUCAAUUACUUGGUCACAAGUCAAUUUCCCCCAGAUUCAUCCUGUUGGCAAAGAGACAAAAUUAAGAAGGAAGCCAAACGAUACAUAUGGAACAAGCCUUACCUUUGGAAUUACUGUGCGGACGAAAUUUUCUCACGGUUUGGCACACCAAAGGCGCUCAUAAGUGACCGCGGGACCCAUUUCUGCAAUCGGAUGCUAGAAGCUGUUUUGAAGAGAUAUGGAGUGACACACAAAGUCUCAACAGCUUAUCAUCCCCAAACCAAUGGACAAGCAGAAGUCUCAAACAGGCAAAUCAAAAGCAUCUUGGAGAAAACGGUCAACCCAAACCACAAAGAUUGGAGCUUAAGGCUAGAUGAUGCCUUAUGGGCAUACCGUACCGCGUUUAAAACUCCCAUUGGUAUGUCCCCAUAUAGGCUUGUGUUUGGUAAAGCAUGCCAUCUUCCAGUUGAGCUUGAGCAUAAAGCUUUUUGGGCGGUAAAGAAAUUCAACAUGAGUGAAGAUGAGGUGGGAAAUAAAAGGAAACUUGAUAUCCAAGAGCUAGAGGAGAUUCGGAAUGAUGCAUAUGAAAGCAACAUGAUCUAUAAGGAGAAAACAAAAGCAUACCAUGACAGGGCGAUCUCCCGAAAGACUUUUAUACAAGGAAAAAAGGUGUUGCUUUACCACUCAAUAUUCAAGCUAAUUUCAGGAAAUUUGAGAUCGAGAUGGGUUGGUCCUUUCGUGGUCACAAGGGUAUUUGACCAUGGUGCGGUUGAAAUCACGAGCAAGCAAAUGGGUAAAACAUUCAAAGUCAAUGGUCACAGGCUGAAGCCAUUUUAUGAAGGAUUUGAGGUGAAGAAUGAAGAGGUUGACGAGUUGGAGAACCCCACAUACCAAGACUGA